AUGAUCUGCCUCAUUUUCAAGAGAGUGGUUUCUCAACCGAGGAAAGGGAAUGAAAAACCAAAGGUCUUCUCACUUUUGUCUUCAACAAUAGGUUUACCUUUGAUUCUUUCGGGAUCAUGGCCAUGUAUAAUAAGAUCAAAAGAAUUUAGAUUUUGUAAAUCGACAUUGUACUGGGAUAAGAGACAUCUGAUACUUCACGGCAUUGAAUUUGGAUGUUAUGUUUUAGCCGAAGCAUGGCAAAGGAAUUCUCAAUCAAAAGCAAAACAAAUAGUUAAAAAGAAUAGUAGUAGUAGUAGUAGUAGAAGAAGGAGAUUGGUUAUGUCGAGCGAUACCAUACAAUUAAAGGUUCGUUUGGUCGACAAAAAGGUAUUCAAAAAGUUUCAAUUCUUUCCAAAAAAGUCAGUGAAAGAGGCUCGUCUCUUCAUUGCAAAGGAAUUGGAGGUUGAUCCAGAACAAUAUGGUCUGUUCUUACCACCACGUGACGACCAGAAUGGAAUUUGGUUCCGUGAUGACUAUCCAUUGGAUUUCUACGGACUCGAAGGUGAAACAGAUCAGAAAGAAGCAAUGUUAUUCAGUGCAAAACCUGAAGCUGCAUUAAUGGAAUUUGUUGAAUUCAAGAAAAGAUAUAGACCUAUUAAGGUAACAAAGGGAGGUGAUCAAUACAAGACAGUGAUGGUUGACGAUACCAUGAAUGUUGCUGAUGCCAUUACAAACAUUUUGACACAAGUACCUGUUAGCAGUGCUAUUUCAGAGUCAGAGUUAUUCUCAAUGAGUGAAGAUGAAGUUGAGGUAUUGUCAGGUGAUAUGACAAUUAGAGAACAAGGAUAUGUAGGUGAAUGUACAACAGGUCUAUUAAAGACAUCAAAGGGUGAGGUUAACCUCUAUGUAAAAGUACCAUAUUGCGAAGGUUGGAUCAUGAGAAAGCGUGGUGGAAAUAUUAUGAAAGGUAUCAAGAAUUGGAAUAAACGUUGGUACACACUUAAAAAGAAUAAGUUAAUCUAUCACAAAGCCAAGGGUUUGGGUCCUGAAAUGGGUUGCAUCUGGAUGAAAACUGUUCAAGCUGUAAGACCCGUUAGAAAUGUUACUGAUAUUCCAAAUAAAUAUGCAAAAUCAUGUUUUGAAAUUGUUACACCAGCAAGAACUUAUGUUAUGUUGGCAAAUAGUGCAACUGAAAUGAAGAAAUGGGUGGAUAUUCUUGAUUUCUCGAGAAGAAUGUUUGCUUAUGAGACUCAUUUCUUUGGUGUUGCAAGUAAGGGAAGUAAGAUGUCGUUGGUUGUCAAGGGUAAUAGCGCCAAUGAAGAGUCCGAUGCUUCAGAGUCUGAGGAUGAAUCCAAAAAGAAAAAGAAGGAAGAAGCUGAAGCUGUUGCCGCUGCUGCCGCUGCCGAACAAGAAAAGCAAAGACUGGCAAAGGAGGAAGAGGAGAAAGCCGCCAGACAAGAAGAGCAAGAGCGUGUGGAACGCGAGGCAGAAGAAGCCAGAAGAAAGGCACAGGAAGAGGAGGAACAACUCAAGCGACAACACGAAGAGUUCCUUGAGAAACAGAGACAGCUCGAGUUGGAGAAGCAGAAACAAUUGCAAGAUCAACUCGAAGAGGAUCGACGACUGGAGGAGUUGAUGCAACAGAUGGAAAUGGAGCAAGACGAACGUAUCAAGCUCAAGGAAGAACAAGAGCGUAUCGAACAGGAGCGUAUCGAAUCUGCCAAGAGAUUGGAAGAGGAACAAGAGCGUGUCAGAAAGGAGGUCGAGCGAUUGGAACAAGAACGUCAAGAAGCCGAGAAGAAAGAGCAAGAGCGCCAGGAGGCAGAGCGUCAAGAAGCCGAAAGAAAGGAACAGGAGAGACAAGAACGCGAAAGAGAGUCCGAGAGAAUCAGAUUGGAGGCAGAGGUCGAGAGACAGAGAUUGGAGACCGAGAGAUUGGAGCAAGAGAGACAGAUGUUGCUCGAACAAGAACGUAUCGAACAAGAGAGAUUGUUGGCAGAGCAAGAAGAGAACGAAGCAGACGACCUCUUGCAACAAUUGGAACAAGAGAACCAAGAAGAGGAACAACGUCAAAUCGCCGCCAAGCGAUUGAGAUCGAUGCAAGCUCGUUUGGAAUCGGUCGAAGCAGAGACACCAGAUCUCAAAUACUUACUCUCCGAAGCAUCACUUGCUACUCCAGAGAAUCUUUUAGUAGGAUGGGCAAAUUAUAUUACCUCCGAUUGUAAAUUACCAAGCAAACCAAUAUUAAAUCUUCAAUCAGUUGAAGCUAAUUUGGAUAAAUAUAUUCACUUGUUACACAAGUUGGAACCAGAAUCGUUUACAUUGAGAGCAUUGGAUUUAACAUCGAAUGCAGAGAAAGCAGAACUCAUUGUACAAGAGUUACAAGAGUUUGGUGUUGACACCAUCAAGGUUGAACAAUUGUUAUCGGAAGAUCUAGACACUCAAGUCAAUGUUUUACUCACUGUGUACGAAGAGGUUGGUGGUAACUGGGAAGAAGAAUUCCAGACUCAAGUUGUAUCCAAGAGAUUGUUUGCCACCAAAUAUAUUACACAUAUACUUCAAGCUUCACCCAUUUCACAAUUAUUACCAUCUACACCAUUUGAAAUGUUGAAAUCGAUUAUGGAUGGUCAAAUCUUAUGUUAUUUAAUUAAUUCAAUUUUCCCAGGUACUAUAGAUGAAAGAGUUGUAAAGAGAAAUAGCCAACUAUCACCAAAAUCCAAUCUCAAUGUUGCCAUCAAUUGUUCUCGUGCUUUGGGUGCCAAACACGAGUCAAUAACCAAAGAUAGUUUGGCAUCGUUGAGUACAUCGGAUCUUCAUAAUAUCGUUUGGGAGAUUGUCGAAACCUGUUUGUUGCAAGCGGCCGAUCCCGCUAAGCAACGUUCUCUCUUCCAUUUGAUGCGUGCCGAAACUAGAAAUUCCUUUAGACAGCUGGAGCGUGAGAAGGUCAUGCUUCGUUGGUUCAACUAUCAUCUUCGUAAGAUCUGUAACCGUCAAAUCAAUAACUUCUCUGACGACAUGGAGGACUGUGAGAACUACGCCUACUUGUUCGAGGUUAUCGCACCACAACUCAGUCGCAAGGAUGAAAUUCUCAGCGAGAGCGAUUGGGAGCGUCGUGCAGAGAUCGUCUUGGAUAUGGCUUCGAAGCUCGGUUGUAUGCCACUGUUGACACCACGCGAUAUCGUAGAGACAGAGAACAGCAAGCUCAACUUGUUGUUUGUUGCCGAUUUAAUGCGUGUUUCACUUGCAUUGCCUGCCUACAACUUUAGUGUUGAUGAGCAUCUUGUCGAUCAGGUCGCCAAGUCCAGCGAACAGAGCAACAACGAUCAACAGCUUCUCGAGUGGAUCAACCAGAUGGGAUUGGGUGUCGAUGCAAGCAGUCUCCUCGAGGACUUUAGAGAUGGAACAUUGUUUUUGAAGAUCUUUGACAAGGUGUUGCCCGCCGGUACCGUCGAUCAAAAGAAACUCAAGAUCGUACCAAACAGUGUCUUUAAGAAGCUGGAACUCUUCAACUAUACAAUGGAGAUUUGUCACAAGUUCAAAUUGAAUGUUGCCGGUAUUGCCGGUACCGAUCUACUCAAUGGCGACAUCCGUUCGAAUCGUGCCAUUCUCAAUCAGGUACGUAGAUAUCUUGGAGACAAGGUAACUAUCGACGUUGUUACAGCACACCAAAAGGAAGCACUCAAGUGGUGCAACAGCAAAGUAGACUUGGAAUCAACCAAAGUCAAACCAAUCCAAUCAUUUAAAGAUCAAUUCCUUCAAGACAGUCUGUUCCUUUUGGAGCUAUUGGAAGCACUCAGUCCAAAGACAAUCGACAGAUCAUAUAGAUUAGUCACUUACUAUUUGUUAUCAACGUCAUCCUCCAAGAAAUCAUCGGACGAUGCAUCUUCGGUGGUUUCAUCAUCGCCGGCGCUGGCAGCGAUCGCCGCACCGCUGGAACCCAAAGACUAUGACUAUUCAGUCAGUGUCUUGGUGAUGGGUCUUGCAGAGGCUGGAAAGACAACACUGCAGCGCCAGCUCGAUGUCAUGUACGGUACGAAACUACUCGAUCCAAAGUACUACCAGCGAUUGAUCUAUGGAAACACGAUCGCAACACUCAUCAGACUUAUAGAGAAUGCGGAUCGCGUCAACAUUUCAUUCUCAGAGGAUAACACUGAGCGUGUCAGACGUGUAUUGGCAACGCCAAUAGAAUUGGCAAGGAAUCGUCUGCCUAGAUUCCCUCUGCGACUCGGCUACGAUUGUAAAUGUCUUUGGGAAGAUCCAGAUAUGCAAACUAUGUUUCACUAUGCAAAUUGUUGUCCAGAGUACAGAACUCCUGGUCGUACAAAAUAUUAUAUGGAGAAUAUGUUUAGAGUGUUUUCACCAGAGUUUACACCAACUAGACUGGAUAUUAUUAGUGCAUAUGAACAGGUUGACCAUCCUCAACACUCAACGCUCACCUAUAGACGUUUAAAGAUGGAGUUGACAUGCGCACCAACCAAACCAAUACAGAGAAAAGACUGGAAUGCAAUUGCAUAUCAUGAACCACAUUAUGUAUUCUAUGUUGUUUCAUUAAAAGAUUAUCAUACAGCAGAUGAAUUGUUAAAUACUUCAUUGAUUCCAACACCCACUUGUACCAAUCAUUAUCACAAUAAUAUUUUGUUGGAAUCGUUGGCAGCAUUAGAGUCAUUUUCAAAUUCAGAGGUUUUCGAAAAAGCUCAUUCCAUCUUUUUGAUUUUCAACACCAGUGAGACAUUCGUUCAUAAACUAAAGUUCUUUGAUCUUAAACACUGUUUCGAAGAUUACAAUGAAGGUGUUGAUCACAAAAAAGCAAUAGAUUAUAUAACAAACAAAUUUACUCAAAUUUUGGUAGAAAAGAAUAAACCCUAUCAAGCAUAUUCAAUUAAUUUAUUGGAUCAAGAGGAUACCAGAGUGAAAUUUGAUUCAGUUUUAGAUUAUAUUAUUCCAGAUGCAGAAAAUCGUGGACUGUUCGAAUCGAUACCAUCGAGUUCACUUCAUCCCACUUCUGUGCUUCCUCAUUCAAGUAGUAUCGUUGUCAAACCACUCAAUGACAAUCACAUUGAAAUCAGCAGUGCAAUAACCUCUACGACAUCGACACGUGCCAAUCAUACCAAUGGCUCUGUUAUCGGAUCGUCAAACAACUCUAUCAGCAGUGCGCUCGCUGCAUCGUCACUCGAUGACGAUACACAGAGCAAUGCUAGUACGAGUACUGCAUCCAGCUUCACCAAUCCCGACCCAAUAUACCAAACAACAUCAUCAACACAGGCAGAGUCUGUCAUACCACCGCUGUCACUCUCCUCACCGUCAACAAAGAAACCCAAAGUAAAGGUCGAUAAAAAGGAACAGAAAGCAGAGAAACUACGUGAGAAGGAGCAGCUGCGUUUGGAGAAAGAGCAACAGCGUUUGGAGAAGGAGCAACAGCGUUUGGAGAAAGAACAACAGAAUCGUCCGGACAAGGAGCAAUUGCGAGUGGAGAAGGAACAACAGCGUUUGGAGAAGGAGCAGCAACGCGCAGAAAAGGAGAGAGAAAAGGGAGCUGCCAGUGAAUUGAAACGUGCGGAAAAGGAAAAACAAGAAAAAGAAAAAGAGAGAAUCAGAUUGGAGAAGGAGCAACAGCUUAAAGAUAAAAAGGCCGCCGCUGCUGCUGCCGCUACCGCUACAACCACCACUAACAAUAAUAAUGUGGGUACAUCUAAACCAAAGAAAAAAGGAAAAGGAUUAUCAGUUCAAUCUGGAUUCACUUCAAUACAAGGUCGUAGAAAGAAUAUGGAGGAUGCACAUGCUGUCAUUGAUAAUCUUAAUGAAAUGUUUAAACAAGUUCCAAGUAAUGAGAAUUGUUCAUAUUAUGCUGUUUAUGAUGGUCAUGGUGGAGUUCAAACUGCUCAAGCAUUGGAACCAAUUGUUCAUAAGUGUAUAGUAGAAUCAAGUUCAUUUAGUUCUGGUAACUAUGAACAAUCUAUGAAAGAAGGUUUUGAUGCUGCCGAUAAACUUGUAAUACCAGUUUGUGAAAAGAGUGGAUCGACAGGUGUUGCAGCGUUGAUUGUUGGUAAUACAUUGUACACAGCAAAUGUUGGUGAUUCCGAGUGUGUAAUUGCUCGACAGAAUGCAACAUCCUCUUCGAAAUCACCUGUAUAUGACACUCAGUUGCUAACCUAUAAGCACUUGGCAAAUGAUGAAAAAGAAAAGAUUAGAAUUACAGAGAUGGGUGGUAUGAUUAUUUUUGGUCGUUUAUUUGGAUCGCUGGCAGUGGCACGUUCGUUUGGUGAUCGUGAAUACAAAGAAGGUGAGAAAAAGUUUGUAACAUCAGAGCCGUUCACUCAGGUGAUCGAUCUCACACCAAAGGAUCACUAUAUCAUCAUGGGUUGUGACGGUCUGUGGGACAAGGUUAGCUACGAAGAGGCAACCACCAUGUGCUCAAAACUACACAAGCAAGGCAAAAAUGCAAAGGAAAUAAGUGAAGCACUCGUCAAUGAUUCAUUCGAUAAAGGCUCAACUGACAAUAUCACUGUUAUUGUAGUUAUAUUAAAUUGGAAAUAA